CAAUCACAAUGACAUUUAAGUGACAAAAACAUUAGGAUUGGGAUUUCUCAAUUUUUAUAAAUAAAAAUCUAUAUAAAUACGCUGAUUUAAAUACUAAAUAUCAGCUGUUUCAUCUAAAAUAGUAGUCAUAAUAUUCGAAAAACAUGCCGGUGGAAAUAAACAGUUUAGUAGAGGGAUGGCUCGAAUUGGAAAGUGAUCCGGGACUGUUUACUCUUUUGUUAGAGGAUUUCGGUGUAAAGGGGGUUCAGGUAGAAGAGAUUUAUGACCUUCAUAAACCCUUGGAAAGUCCAGUUUACGGGUUUAUCUUUUUAUUUCGAUGGAUUGAAGAGAGACGUUCACGAAGGAAAUUCGUUGAACAAAUUGAAAGUUUCGUGCGCGACGAGGAAACUAUAAACAGUAUAUUUUUUGCACAACAAAUGGUCCCAAACAGCUGUGCCACUCAUGCGUUGCUGUCUAUAUUGUUGAAUUAUCCUAAUCUCCACUUAGGAGAAACAUUGAGCAGGUUAAAGCACCAUACCCUGGGAAUGAAUCCUGAGAACAAAGGCUGGGCUAUAGGAAACACACCAGAGCUGGCUUGUGCUCACAACUCUCAUGCCAUCCCACAAGCUAGGAAGAAGGCUGAUAAGAAUGCUGGUGUCUCAACUGGACGCUUCACAGGUGAAGCAUACCAUUUUGUUUGUUUUGUCCCCAUAAAUGGGCAUUUGUUUGAACUGGAUGGCUUGAAGCCAUAUCCCACUGACCAUGGACCUUGGGCGACUGAUGAAGACUGGACUGACAAGUUCAGGAGAGUGAUGGCUGAGAGACUCGGCAGAGAUGCUGGAGAACAAGUUCAUGAUAUAAGAUUUAAUUUAAUGGCUGUAGUACCCGACAGACGGAUAGCAUUGACACAGAAACUGAAUGCACUAGAAAUGAAUCAGAAAAGAGUUAAAGAAGCAAUAUCAAAGAUUGGGAAACAUUUGCGACAUUUGUUAUCAAAGCGCAGAGAGGUUACUGAGGAAGGAGAAUCACUCUCAGAAGAAAGCAACGAGAACUCCCUAAAUGAGAAUAUAGUGCAGAUCAGUGAGGAGACAAUACUGACUGCUUUAGAAUCAUCUCAGUUGCAGUUGUACGAUGUAGACUACACUCGUCCCAUCACCAUUGAGAUCGGGGCCAAUGAUCGGCCACAGCAAGACAGCAGCAUUAUUCUAGUUGACCCAGUUGAGCAGGGUGCUGUUGUUAAGUUUAUCUCGAUCAAUAGAGACAAUCAAAUAGUGGGAGAUCUAUACCCCACAUCUAUAACCGCGUUAGUAAAGAGCAAUGAUGCACCAGUGCUGGUCUGUUGUGAGACGGAGCCUGAUCAACCAAUCAAACUGAGGAAGCUGUUACUGACUCAUUCAGAGCUGAACGCUUUGAUGAGCAGCAUCGUCAAUGAAGUGCAGCAGUGCCAGCAGGCACUCAAUGAUGAGAAUGAUAAGAGAGACAUGUAUAAGGUGGACGACUGUCGUCGCACGCACAACUACGACGAGUUUAUCUGCACAUUCUUAUCCAUGUUGGCGGAGCGCGGCGCGCUUGGCGAGCUAGUAGCGGCGCAGUUGGAGCGGGGACGGUCCUCGCGAGCUCGCCGCCGGCGUCCUAGACCGAGGCCCCGAGCUAGGCCGAGACCUAGGCCACGAGCCAGGAAAUAACACCAAAACUUGUAUACAAACCUGUUCUAUUGCAGCUGUAAGCAUUAACUAUCUACAUAGAGGUCCUGCUUUACUAGAUACCGUUGUUACAACGAUCUCAGAUUCUCAUACAGACUGUUGCCUUGUUGAGAGCACUACUUUGCGUUAUUCGCUUUGGCUAUUGGCUAACUAUACUCAUUUGUGAAGUUAACAGUAGGUCUAGAGAUUGUAUUCCCAGAAAAAAAUAUAAAAUAGCGUCGUAUUAUGUAACCUUCAAGAGAUUCCUAGUAUUAUGAGUAUAUAAAACUACUCUAUAAAAGUAUAGGACUGCCUGUAACAUGCAGAGUAUUGAAUAAAAAAAACAAUUUCAGCAAAUAUGUUACGUAGAUUUGAUAAGUACUAUUUAUAAGUACAAUACGGUAUUUAUUUACAGUUUAUUAGAACUGUACUCUUGUCAAAGUAGCUAGACUACUUGCAUCAAAUGUGGCAUAUAAUCUUACAACAUUUCAUAUUGUAUUAUGCUUGUGUGUAAGGAUAAUAAAUAAAUAAAAAAAAAGUUUUUUUAAAAACGAUUUUUUAUUAUCAUACUACGAACAGCGCCGUAUUUACAUAGUCAUCAUAUUGUUAAAGAAAUGUAACAACAACGAUUGAUUAUUGUUUGCUUAGGCACGUACUUCAUCGAACAACAUUCUUAUAUAUUUAGCUAACGAGCACUGUAAGAUGUGCGUAUCGAUGACAAUCGCCUUAUAUUAGGACCGUCGCGUCGUAACAGUAAUAUGAAUUUAGUUAAUAUUAUACCAUAAUAUAACAAUCCACAUUCUACAAUAUUAUUAUAUUGUUACACACACACGUCAGUGAUAUGCACACAAUGACGAAGAUUCGACGAUGGUCUGUCUAACGUGUAACGCGAUCUUAUCGAUACGCAUAACGUGCAAUCUAUUACUAUAAAGUGGUAACAGUAUACUUCUUACAUACACAAGUAUGGCCUGAAAUAUGUAAACUACAUGAAUUGACUCAAAAGCACAACUAUGUGAACCCAUAAGUUACAUUAUUAGAGUAGGUUAUAACAACAUGAAGACAAAGCUACAGAUCCAGUGGUUGGCAACACUAUCCGCAUCUGUUGCUGUUGACUAUAUAAACAUUUGUUCCGUACAAACAAAACUAUACUACUAUGAAAGCUUAUGUUUCGAUGCUCACAGUGAGUAGGAUGAUGUGCUAACACAACAAAUCUAAUUCGGAUAUGUAGCGACACAGUAACAACGGAUGACGACAUGACGUACAAACUGUUGAUUUUGAAAGGCAAAGUACUCUUAAAAUACAUUAUUUUUCCCAAAAAACAUUCAUUCAUAAACAUUUGUUCAUUUGGCGUCACUGACAAGAUAUCAAUACCCAUUACAAGAAUAGUUGAUUUAUAUCAUAGAAGUAUAACAUGAAUACACCAUAGCUAAGUGAUCCGUUCACAAGGCUCGUAUAUUACAUAAUAUUGACCACAAGUAUAUCAUAUUCAUUAUAAUACAUUUCAUAAUUUAUGUUUGGUUGAUUCAAUGAUCUUAGUUUACAUACCAAACAGACAUGGAAGCCGAAACUAUUGCCAGGUACAAUAUCUUUAUUGCAUAACAAGGCAAGUCACUCGAUGAUAAACAUGCUAUAUCACAGACUAACGAAAAUAUUACACAAACUUACAUGCACUACAUUCAUAUUAUGGCACUAACAACUAAACCUGAAACUACAAUGUAACGAUAAAGGCAGUGUUCGUAUCGAGCGAAACUCAUUCCGUUGAUAUAAAAUAAACUAUCAUCCAUUUGCAUGCGGGUAGCAUUCUAAUCCUGUUACAUUUCAAUCACAAUAUAACUGAAUUUCUACUGCUACAGGUGUUUCAACAAUAUACUCCCGUACUAGUUAAAAAAAAUAAUACUCGACAAUAACAAUUCAUAAAACCAUUAUAAUAUAUAUGAAGGACAAGUUGGCAGUAGCACCAGUUACCAUAACAUAGCGACAUACACGGUCUCAGGAUCACAACCAAAACUUAUUGCUAUUAUCACUACUUGAAUUGCACUACUCUGGGUGUUGAUAAAAUUGUGAAUCCCGAACGGAAGCGUAAAAUUAAAACUAGAUCUGCGU